GGGCGGAGAGAUCAGGAAGCUGCCUAGACGGCUGCCGAGCUGAGGUCAGCUGGGUCCUGGGACAGCCAGCAAGCCGCUCAGGAUGGCAUCGGGCCGGGCACGCUGCACCCGAAAGCUGCGGAACUGGGUGGUGGAGCAAGUGGAGAGCGGGCAGUUCCCGGGGGUGUGCUGGGACGAUGCAGCUAAGACCAUGUUCCGGAUUCCUUGGAAGCAUGCAGGCAAGCAGGACUUCCGGGAGGACCAGGAUGCCGCUUUCUUCAAGGCAUGGGCGAUAUUUAAGGGGAAGUACAAGGAGGGAGACACAGAAGGCCCUGCUAUCUGGAAGACUCGUCUGCGCUGUGCUCUCAACAAGAGCCCCGAAUUUGAGGAGGUUCCUGAAAAUGGCCAUAGGGAUGGAGCUGAGCCCUACAAGGUGUAUCGGUUGCUGCCAUCGGGGACCCUCCCUGCCCAGCCAGGGACCCAGAAAUCACCAUCAAAGCGACAUUACAGUUCUGUGUCCUCUGAGAGGGAAGAGGAUGAGGGUACCACAAAGAACUGCAUACUCAGUCCCUCUUUGACUGAGGACCCCCUCAAAAACGAGGAGGUGGGGGCCAGUGGGGAAGCAGGCCAUUCAGAAUUUGGGAGCAGCAGCAGCAGCAACAGCCCUGAGCCUCAGGAAGGUACAGACACAACAGAAGCCCCUUUCCAAGGAGAUCAGGUGUCAUUGGAGAGUCUGCCUCCUCCAGACUCAGACUACUCGCUGCUGCUUACCUUCAUCUACGGUGGGCGCGUGGUGGGCGAAGCCCAGGUGCAGAGCCUGGACUGCCGCCUUGUGGCUGAGCCCUCAGGCUCCCAGUAUGGGAUGGAGCAGGUGGUGUUUCCCAAGCCUGACCCACGAGAGCCCACCCAGCGCCUGCUGAGCCAGAUCGAGAGAGGUGUCCUAGUGGCCAGCAACUCCAGAGGCCUCUUUGUGCAGCGUCUCUGCCCCAUCCCCAUCUCCUGGAACGCGCCCCAGGCGCCACCCGGUCCAGGCCCGCAUCUGCUGCCCAGCAAUGAGUGCGUGGAGCUCUUCAGAACCACCUACUUCUGCAGAGACCUGGCCAGGUACUUCCAGGGCCUGGGCCCCCCACCCAAGUUCCAGGUGACUCUGAACUUCUGGGAGGAGAGCCCUGGCCCCAGCCACACCCCGAAGAGUCUUAUCACAGUGCAGAUGGAGCAGGCCUUUGCCCGACGUUUACUGGAGGAGACUCCUGAGGAGCAGUCAGCCGCUCUCUCCCUGCUGCAGAGCCUGGGAGACCCGCCUUCCUCCUCUUCGCUCUGUUCCUCCUAUCUCCUUUGAAAGAAACUCAUUCUCCACACUGUUGACCUGGCUCCCUUGGUGAUCAUUCUUGGUGGUUGUCUGUGAUGGUUGUGUCCUUGAACUGCUCGUGUACCUGGCUGGUGGAGAACUGAAGGAUGAUUUUUAUCCUUUUUUUAAGUUUGAGAUAUACCCUCUUUCAUUUCUGAGAAACUGAAUUGGGAAAAGUCCAAAUGGUGUGAACUCAGAGGACCUUUCC